CUUAAACUGAGAUGCUGUGCUUUCUCACAGAUGGGGCGGAGUAGAAAGAUCAAGGAAGGAGGAGAAAGAUGGCGACCCUCGUGUUGGAUAACGGCGCUUACAAUGCCAAGAUCGGCUAUAGUCAUGCUCAUGUUAGUGUUAUUCCAAACUGUCAGUUUCGAUCAAAGACUGCUCGUUUGAAAACAUUUACAGCUAACCAACUGGAUGAAAUUAAAGAUCCAUCUGGACUUUUUUAUAUUCUUCCUUUCCAGAAGGGCUACUUGGUAAACUGGGAUGUUCAGAGACAAGUGUGGGACUACCUUUUUGGAAAAGAAAUGUAUCAGGUAGACUUUGUUGAUACCAAUAUCAUAAUCACAGAACCUUAUUUUAACUUCAGUUCAAUACAAGAAUCCAUGAAUGAAAUAUUAUUUGAAGAAUAUCAAUUCCAAGCCGUUCUCAGAGUAAAUGCUGGGGCUCUCAGUGCCCAUAGAUACUUCCGGGACAACCCAUCAGAACUAUGUUGUAUCAUUGUGGACAGUGGAUAUUCUUUCACACACAUUGUGCCUUACUGUAGAAGUAAAAAGAAGAAAGAAGCAAUAAUAAGGAUUAACGUUGGAGGAAAACUCUUAACCAAUCAUUUAAAGGAGAUGAUCUCUUACAGACAACUCCAUGUUAUGGAUGAGACCCAUGUAAUUAAUCAGGUGAAAGAAGAUGUAUGCUAUGUUUCACAAGAUUUUUUUAAAGAUAUGGAGACAGCCAAAUUGAAAGGGGAAGAAAAUACAGCACUGCUGGACUACGUUUUACCAGACUUCAGCACAAUCAAAAAAGGGUUUUGUAAGCCAAGGGAAGAAAUGGUGUUAAGUGGAAAAUACAAAACUGGUGAACAAAUACUUCGUCUUACAAAUGAGCGAUUUGCCGUUCCAGAGAUACUCUUCCAUCCUUCAGAUAUUGGCAUUCAAGAAAUGGGAAUUCCUGAAGCCAUUGUUGAUUCAAUUCAGAACUUGCCAGAAGAAAUGCAGCCUCAUUUCUUCAAGAAUAUUGUUUUAACUGGGGGAAAUACUCACUUCCCUGGCUUCAGGGAUCGUGUUUAUUCUGAAGUUCGAUGUCUCACUCCAACAGACUAUGAUGUUUCUGUUGUUCUGCCAGAGAACCCUAUUACAUAUUCCUGGGAAGGUGGAAAGCUUAUUUCUGAAAAUGAUGACUUUGAAGAUAUGGUAGUAACAAGAGAAGACUAUGAAGAAAAUGGGCAUAGUAUAUGUGAAGAAAAAUUUGAUAUUUAAAUGGAUCACUUGGAUAUAACAUUAUGUUGUAUAUAUUGAUAAUUGAACUAGCAAGUUUUCUUAAGCUGGAACCACGUUCUAAAAUUCCUAGAACUCAAACUGUACUAUGAAUUGAAGUACUGUAUGUAAUACUGUUCUUAUUUUUAUAUAUGAGUAGUUUGUUUUUUCCUUCAUAUUCCUGACCACUCAAAUCCACUUAAAAGAUAAAACCUGAAUACAAGGAGGAUAACUAAAAAUAUAUCCAUAAAACUGUCUCUUAAAUUAAUGUGAGAAUAUUCUGUAUCAAAUUGAAAUCACACAUUUGAUACUAAAUCCAACUUUAUUUGGACUUAUUAUUCUGGAAUAUAGAGAGAUAGUUACAUAGCGACUGGACAUAGGAAAUCUAGAUAAUCGCUGAAAAGACUGGGCUCUGCUUUCUUCAAAUCCAGAAUUUAAGCAGGGGCACUUUCUGUUUGCUCUGAUGGAAGUGGGAAAGGGGCAGCUGCAGAUACCAAAGUCUAACUAACAGUGCUAUAAAGGCCUUUAUUAGAGAAACAGACCAAAAUUUGACUAUGCCUGAUGUGAUUUGGGUAAUCUACUGGGCAUCUGUGUAUUAUAAAGAAAAUUAUAAUAAAUGGCAAUUUUUCACUCAC